AUGGGUACAAAUAAUUCAAAAGGAAAUUCUCAUGUAACAAUAUCAACUAUUGAUAAUAAUAAUCAAACAUGGCAAACAUCUAUAAAAAGAAAAUCUUCAAUAAUAAAUAAAACAAAUAAUUAUUAUGGAUGGCAAGAAAUUAUUCGAUGUUCACAUACAGAUUGGUUAAAUGAUAUUGCUGAAUUAUUUGGUUUUCCUCAACAUAAAUUUAUUUGUAAUUCAGGACUUCAUAGUGUAUGUGCACCUGGUUUUUGUUCAGAAUCUUUAUCACGUAAACUUUAUCAUGGUUCUUAUCGAUCAUCAUCAAAAAAUUUUCAAUCAACAAAAAUAAAAAAAUUACGUGAACAUUUUGAAUAUAAUCAUAUACCAGCAAUGAUUAGUUCAUUACAAAAUUAUUCUGUUCAAGGACUUAUUAAUGGUUGUUCAAUGUCAGGUUUAGAUCAUGGUGAUACAAUUAUGUUAUUAAUUUAUUCGGUUGUUUUGGACAAAACAAAAUUUAUUAUUAUUGAUUUAAAAUUAAAUCGUUAUGUUUGUGCAUUAGGUGAUGAUUAUAAUGGUUUAAUUGAUGCUAAAAAAGUUCAUGCAGCUUGGUCAAUGGAUAGAACACAAGUUAUUAUACGUAUACCGAUGGUUGGUGGCACAGCUGCAUUGGAUUUUUAUAAAAUUGUAAAAAAAGAAGCUAAAUUAUAUCGUCGAAUUGUUCCAAUCGAUACUAAUGCACUAUUUCAAUUUUGUCCAAAUUAUUGGUCAUCUCGUUUAAUUUUAUAUACUUAUUCAACUGAGACACAAACAAAUUUAAUUAGUUAUAAUCUAACAACAUUAACACCAGGUGGUUCAAAUAAAGUUCAAACUCAAACAAUUCCAUUACGUCAACAAUUAAUUGGAUCAUAUUUAUAUUCAAUGAAUAUACAUACAUGGUCAAUAUAUAAAAAUCAAAAUAUUCAAGUUGAUAAUGGUUUUCGUCUUUUAUCAAUUUUAUACACACCUGAUAGUGUAUAUAUAAUAUUAACAUUUGCUGAUAAUAAUUGUCAUUGUGGACAAACAUUACCAAUAAGUUAUUUUGAUAUAUAUCAUUCAAAUAGUCUUCAACGUCUUCAUCGUAUAUAUACACAACUUAUAUCACAUAUAUGUCCAUGGCAUAUGUGUCGAAAUUUGUUAACACCUAUUUUUUCUGUUUCAUCAUCACGUAUGGCAUUUUGUACAACAAAAAAUAAUGGUGGACGAGAAUUACAAGUUUCAAUUAUUGUAUUACCUAAUGAACUUAAUUUAAAAUCCAUAUGUCGUCGUUUAAUAAUUCAUUAUUUAAAUGAAUUAAAUGGAAAAAUUGAAGAUAUUACAAAUGAACUUCCAUAUCGUCUCAGUCAAUACAUUCAAUAUCGGCCAGAGUAUCAAUAA